UUCACUCAUUUUUGUAAGAACAAAAAUAAAUAAAUAAUUAAAAGUUCCUUCACACCUCCAAAUACACCACCAAAAUCUAACAUUCCAUUUAACAAAAUAAACAAUCAAAAUCUACAAAAGUAUUGAUCAAGUAAAUAUGAGUUGCGUUUUUAGAUCACUUUCCACUAUUUUUGUUGCCAUUUUUCUUUUCACAUUUAGUAUCACUUCCACAGAAGCUUAUGAUGCACUUGACCCAAAUGGAAAUAUUACAAUCAAGUGGGACAUUAUUAGCUGGACUCCUGAUGGUUAUGUUGCCGUUGUUACUAUGUACAAUUUCCAGCAAUAUCGGCACAUUUCACCUCCGGGAUGGACCUUAGGUUGGACAUGGGCUAAGAAAGAGGUGAUAUGGAGCAUGAUGGGUGGUCAAGCCACUGAACAAGGAGAUUGUUCAAAAUACAAAACUUCACCUCCACAUUGCUGCAAGAAAACACCUUCCAUUGUUGAUUUGCUACCCGGGACUCCUUACAAUCAGCAAAUAGCAAACUGCUGUAAGGGUGGAGUUAUCAACUCGUGGGCUCAAGAACCCAACAAUUAUGCAAGCUCAUUUCAGCUUAGUGUUGGUGCAGCUGGAACCACCAAUAAGACUGUUAAACCACCAAAGAACUUCACGCUGCUUGCACCAGGUCCUGGCUAUACCUGUGGACCGGCUGUAGUUGGUAAACCAUCAAAAUUUAUAAGUGCUGAUGGAAGACGAGUGACUCAAGCUAUGAUGACAUGGAAUGUUACAUGUACAUAUUCGCAGUUUCUGGCUCAGAAAACGCCUACCUGUUGUGUGUCUCUUUCAUCAUUUUACAAUGAUACCAUUGUACCAUGCCCAACAUGCACUUGUGGGUGUCAAAACAAUGCUACUCACCCGGGAAGUUGUGUAGACCCAAGAUCGCCAUAUCUGGCCUCGGUUGUUAAUGGUCCCGGUAAGAACAGCUUAACACCACUGGUUCAAUGCACAAAACAUAUGUGCCCGAUUCGUGUUCAUUGGCACGUGAAGCUUAACUACAAGGAGUACUGGCGAGUAAAGGUCACAAUAACAAACUUCAAUUACAGGAUGAAUUACUCACAAUGGAACUUAGUCGUCCAACACCCAAACUUUGACAACCUUACUCAAAUUUUCAGCUUCAAUUACAAGCCCUUGACCCCUUAUUCUUCUAUAAAUGAUACUGGCAUGCUAUGGGGAGUUAAAUUCUACAACGAUUUUCUUAACCAAGCUGGACCAUUGGGUAAUGUUCAGUCCGAAUUACUUUUUCGAAAAGACAAAGCAACUUUUACUUUCGACAAGGGAUGGGCUUUUCCACGUCGAAUUUAUUUCAAUGGCGAUAAUUGUGUUAUGCCGCCGCCUGACGCCUACCCGCAUCUUCCAAACUCUGGUUCUCGUGUAAAUUUUUCUAUACUUACUCUCUUGAUGAUGUAUUUCGCUUUCUUUCUUCUCUUCGAGUAAGUAAUGCACAUUCAGUUCAUCUUUCCAAAUUUAAAAAGAAAUUGAAGCAUGUGAAUUCACUGGUUUCAUGACUGUUUUGUUAGAUCUAAAGUUGUAGUUUAAUGGAACAUAUUAUCUGAUCUCCUCUUGUAAUAUAAUACUCAAUUUAUUAACUUCCUUUGGUAA